AUGCAAUCUUGAAAUUCGGGUAAGAAGGGAAAGGCGAGGUGUAUGAAUCGAUUAACUCGUUGUACAACUCAGCUCAACUCGACCGCGUCACACCGGUUCAUAGUAACGGCCACCGUCAAACCUCAUCUCCGGCGUCUCAAUUAUGCCCUAACCUUCAAACAGCAUCCGCAUUUUUCAGCUCCACUCAAUUUCGGGAUUUUCUUGAAAACCUCUGACCGUCCUCGGCGUCUACCCCGUUUACCUCAGGUGAUGGACUCGGUUCCUCCGGAAUCUGAUUCCCCUGCCGUUGAAGAUUUUGUCCACAUCGAGGACCCUAACAUCGAGAGUUUGUGCGACAGUAUUGUUAGUACUACUGAUGAACAGAUCAACGACGAGGCGGCAGCCUCUGUGAUUUCGCCGGAGGCCGAGGAGGGUUUGGCGGAGCAGAGGAGGGUACUACCGGAGGAGCUUUCUAGAAGCGUGUUGGCAUUGACUUGCGAGACUACUAGUGAAGGUGGCAUUUGUGACGUAUACCUAGUUGGAACGGCACACGUUUCUCAAGAAUCGUGCAGAGAAGUUCAAGCUGUAAUCAGUUAUUUGAAACCUCAGGUCGUCUUCUUGGAGCUAUGCGCAAGCCGAGUGGCAGUCCUCACCCCUCAGAAUUUGAAGGUUCCAACUAUGGGAGAAAUGGUUGAAAUGUGGAAGAAAAAGCAUAACAUCUUUGGUAUACUUUACAGUUGGUUUCUUGCGAAGGCAACCAACAAACUCGAAGUAUUCCCUGGUUCAGAGUUUCGUGUAGCCUAUGAAGAAGCAAUGAAGUAUCGUGGUAAGGUAAUUCUUGGUGAUCGUCCAGUGCAGAUUACAAUUAGGAGAGCGUGGGCGAAAAUGCCCCUUUGCCAGAAGAUAAAAUUGCUUUAUUCCUUCGUUUUUCAAGCAUUCUUUUUGCCAAGCCCCGAGGAAUUAACCAAGAUGUUGAAGGAUAUGGACGAUGUUGACAUGCUCACGCUCAUAAUUCAAGAAAUGAGCAAGGAAUAUCCCACAUUAAUGGACACUCUUGUGCACGAGCGAGAUCAGUACAUGUCAACGACGUUACUAGGAGUAGCCAAGGAGCAUCAAUCAGUCGUUGCAGUUGUGGGGAAAGGUCAUCUAAGUGGAAUUAAGAAGAAUUGGCAGCAGCCAGUUACUCUCGAGGAUCUUUUGGAAAUGCCUCCCCAAAAAAGAGUCCCUGUCCUCAAGAUCUUUACGUCAAUAGGUGUUGCAGUUGCUGGAGUUGCCAUCAUAUCAGGCGUUUACCUUGCAUGCAAAAAAUAACACUAUUGAAACUCACCUCAAAGGCUAAUCUGCUGCAAAGACAUCGUCAAAUCUGCAGUUUACACAAUUGGACUAGUUUGUACUUUUUAAACGAGUCCUUGAUUGAGGUUUUACCUUCACAGAAUGAGUUAACCAUAAAUUCGCAAUUACAAAUAAUUUUUUCUCAUUA